CGUCCGCACAUGGAGGACACUGGGUGCAAUUGUUUCUGGAAGACGCAUUGCUUCAUUUGGGUAUCUUUUUUGAAUGACAUGUAAAUUUGUAAGCGCCCCGGCGGCUUUCGAAAAGGCAGUAUAUAAAAACGCUUUAGGAGCACAGACACCGACUACCUGCGCUCUUAGCAGAGCACUGCGAGCUGAAAUGCAGCCAGCUGAAGCCAAAGUUCCACUUAUCCACAAAACACCUUUUUCCGUGGAAGAUAUUUUGGACUCCACGAAAUUUACAGGGAAACUAAUUUGUCCUGGAGACGCGGCAGCUCUAGGAAGUCAUACUUCCAGAGAUGAAUCCACAAAGCUGCAGCAUCCCGCAGCAGGUGAAAGUUGCAGCCCAGCGGACAAAGCUCCGUGUACGGCGAAGCUUCAGAGUUCAAAAGAAAAAAGCCGUCGGAUCCGCACCGCGUUCACCCUGGAGCAGCUGCAGGUCCUGGAGCACAGUUUCCAGAAGUGCCACUACCUGUCGGUACUGGAGCGGCACACCAUCGCCUCGGCCCUGCGCCUGUCCGAGACUCAGGUAAAGAUCUGGUUUCAAAACAGACGCACCAAGUGGAAGAAAGAGCGUCAGCAGGCGAAGGAGGGCGAAGAUGAACAGUACGGCCUGUCCUCGCACCCAGUGUUCUGCUCCCCUCUGUCCUACAGUCUGCUCUGCCAGCAGCGCCCUCCGCUCCAGCUGUUUGCAUCGCUGCCCCUGGUGCCUAUCCGUCAUUACUAUACAUGAUGUGUGAAAUGUGCACUGAGUGACUGAACAGGCAUUGGACCAGAAUGUUGCCCAGCAGCAUCUCCGGGAAAAAGGUUCUGCAAAAUUUUUACACCGUCAUUAAUAUUUUGUUAGAGUUUCACAAAAUGACUAAUUUUUAAAAAAGAAAAUUGAUUAAAAUAUUAAA